ACCAGGUCGACACACCACACCAGGCGUCGGCGAAAAGUGGCAGUCGGCCAGCAGCAAUUAGCUUCUUCUUUGUGAGGCAUGGAGAAGAGCAGGGUGCUUGUUGUUGGUGGCACUGGUUACCUCGGCAGAAGGAUGGUGAAGGCGAGCUUAGCUCAGGGCCACGAGACCUGCGUCCUGAUGAGGCCGGAGAUCGGCCUCGACAUCGACAAGCUCCAGAUGCUGCUGUCGUUCAAGGCGCAGGGAGCGCGGCUCCUUGAGGCGUCGCUCGACGACCACCGGGGUCUCGUCGCCGCCGUGAAACAGGUGGACGUGGUGGUGUCGGCCAUGUCCGGGGUUCACUUCCGUAGCCACAACCUCCUGCUGCAGCUCAAGCUGGUGGAGGCCAUCAAAGAAGCCGGAAAUGUCAAGCGUUUCCUACCAUCUGAGUUCGGCAUGGACCCAGCAAGGAUGGGGCAUGCUCUUGAACCAGGAAGGGUCACAUUUGAUGAGAAGAUGGAGAUAAGAAAGGCGAUAGAAGAAGCAAACAUUGGCCACACUUAUAUUUCUGCAAACUGCUUUGCUGCUUACUUUGUUCCUAACCUCUGCCAAAUGCGUACUCUUCUUCCACCCAAGGAGAAAGUUAAUGUAUAUGGAGAUGGCAACGUCAAAGCAAUAUUUAUGGAUGAAGAUGACAUUGCAACGUAUACAAUCAAGACCAUUGAUGAUCCACGGGCCUUAAACAAGACAGUAUACCUAAGACCGCUGGAAAACAUCCUUAGUCAAAAUGAGCUGAUUGCUAAAUGGGAAAAGCUUUCAGGAAAGGCUCUUGAGAAAAUUCCCAUUCCCAGUGCUGAAUUCUUGGCUUCAAUGGAAGGUACGGACCUUGCAAAUCAGGUGGGGGUAGGGCAUUACCACCACAUUUUCUACGAGGGUUGCUUGACAAACUUUGCCAUUGGAGACGAUGGGGAAGAAGAGGGUUCUCUACUCUACCCAGAGGUUCAGUACACUAGGAUGGAAGAGUACAUGGAGCGCUAUGCAUAACUAUCUUAGCUCAAUGACACCGGCAUACGCUACACACCACCUAUGUUUGAAGGAAGUUCCAUUGAUAUGCUAUUUGUUGGAAAUAUCCCCUAGAGGCAAUAAUAAAAUACUAUAUUAUUUGCAUGUUC